AUAGUAAAUAUCCAGAAACUAAGUUUGAACAAGAAUUAGAAGAAAUGGGUUCUAUAGUUGGUGGAGAAGGAAUAGUAUUUAGACCUAGUAAAGUUAAAAAUGAGUCAACAAAAACAUCACUUGGUUCUAUUACUAAUAAAUAUCUAUGGCAAGCAUCUUUAGAAAUAUUAAGAUUUAUCCCUUUGUCUUCAACUGAUAUAAAUAGUGGUAUUAUUAUUACUGAUUGGUAUAGUCCAAAAGAAACAACAAAAUUUAGGUUUAAAAUUAAUAUCUUUAUUAAGGAUAGUACUAUCAGCCCAAAUGCAAUUGAUAUAAAAAUAUUUGAACAAAUAUUCAGAAAUGGCUAUUGGAUAGAAAAUGAUAAUAAUAUGAAGAAUAUUGAACAGAAAUGGCAGAAAAUUUGGCAUGAUGAAAAUGCCUUUGUCGCGAUUAAUAAUAGUACCUCCCCUAAAUAUUAUAUACUUGAGAUGUUACCAUAUCCAUCAGGCAAAAUCCACAUGGGGCACUUACGUAAUUAUUCCAUUGGAGAUUGUAUAGCACGUUUUAUGCGAUCAAAAAAUUUUAAUGUUCUUCACCCUAUGGGGUGGGAUGCUUUUGGCUUACCAGCUGAAAAUGCAGCAAUUAGCAAUAAUUCUCAUCCGAUGGAGUGGACUUAUAUAAAUAUAGAUACUAUGCGUGAUCAAUUGAAAUCAAUAGGAUUAUCAUAUGAUUGGUUAAGGGAAUUAACAAGCUGUGACCCAGAUUACUAUAAACAUGAACAAAAAUUCUUUUUAGAGCUGUACAAAAAAGACCUAGCCUAUCAAAAAGAAUCUCUAGUUAAUUGGGAUCCAGUAGAUAAAACAGUUUUAGCUAAUGAACAAGUAAUUGACGGUAGAGGAUGGCGUUCUGGAGCUCUUAUAGAAAAACGUUACCUUAAACAAUGGUUCUUAAGAAUUACUAAUUAUGCAGAAGAAUUAUUAAGCGAACUAUCUAAUCUUACAGCUUGGCCUCAUAAUGUACGUACUAUGCAAGAAAAAUGGAUUGGUAAAUCUCAUGGACUUAAUUUUAACUUUAAAAGGUUUUUUCAACUCAACCAGAAACUAUCUUUGGAGCUAGCUUUGUUGCUAUUAGCUACCAUCAUCCUAUCAUUUCACAAUUGG